AUGGUUAUGCACAAAUUAGGGUUGUCUAGAACGUUGUAUCUGAAGAUGGAAUCAGGAAGUUGUUUGGAUGAUUGGAUAGAAAUACUGCUAAAGAGGUGUGAAGAGCUGCAAUUAGUAGGAUCAAUUGGUGCAAGAGUUCUAACCUUUGAGUUAGUUGAAAAUGAGUGUUCACAUUUGAAGCAUCUCCACCUUUUUAAAAAUCGAGAAUUUCAACAUUUAAUCCACCAACAGAACAAGCCUUUACGAAAAACUUUAUCCAAUUUGGAGGACCUACAACUUCGCUGUUUGGAGAAUUUGGAAAGUAUAAUUGAUGGGCAUGGGCAUGUCACAGAACUUGCUUUCAACAAGUUGAGGAGUGUAGAUGUGGAGUAUUGUCAUAAAAUGGGAACUCUGUUUUACAACUGCAUGGUGGAUGACAUUUUGAAUCUUGAAGACAUUUUUAUUUAUGGGUGUGAGAUGUUGGAAUAUUUGAUCACUGUGACGAUGGAAAGCAAAGAGACAACCGCCACUAUUGAGUUUCCGCACUUGAAAUCUUUAGAGCUACGUUUCGUACAACGGGUUCGAGGUUUCUGCUCCAAAAUGGAUCAAAUUGGCAAUGAGAGUUCAUUCUUCAGUGAAGAGGUAUUGCUUCCUAAUUUGGAGGAUUUGAUAAUUACAAUGGCAGAUAAUUUGAAGAUGAUAUGGCAAAACGUACUUGUUCCUAUUUCAUUUUCCAAACUCAAAAGGGUAGAAAUUGAUUCAUGUAAUAAUGUUGAAAAAGCUUUCCCUCCAAAUAUAACGACCAUACUUACCUGCCUUCAAUCCUUAACCGUUAUGAAUUGUAAUUUAUUGAAAUGUAUAUUUGAAUUGCAAGAGCCCAAUACGACAGAAAAAAGUAUUGUGCUCUCCAAUUUGAGGUAUUUGAAAUUAUAUAAUUUGCCAAGCCUAGAGUAUGUAUGGAGCAAGGAUUCCAGUGAGCUUUCGAGUUUUGAAAAUAUGGAAAGCUUGUUCAUUCAAGGAUGUCCAAAUCUUAAAAGAGCAUAUUCAAUCAAAGUUCUUAAGCAACAAAAAGAGCUGGGAAUAGAUUUCAACCAAUUGAAAGAGAUUCUUGAGAAGGAAAAGUUGUCAGUACAUAUGAUGGAUUCAAAUCAAUUUCAGACUUCCCAGGCUGGGACUACACAAUUGCAAGAUGGUCUGGAGUUGUUUCCCAAGCUUAAAACUCUUAAACUAUAUGGUUAUUUGGACUACAACUCAACUCAUCAUUUGCCAAUGGAAAUGUUUCGAAUGGUACACAAUCUUGAAGAGUUUGAAGCAAGAAGGAUGUUUAUUAAAGAAAUAUUCCCAAAUGAGAGAUUGAUGAAUGUUGAAGAACAAAAGAUCAAUACAAGAUUUGAGCCUUCUAGAUUGGGUCUAUACGAAUUGCCCAAGCUUAAGCAUUUCUGGAAGGAUGAGUUCAAGAGUAGUUCAUCACUUCAAAAAUUGUAUGAUCUAAUCAUAUCAGGAUGUGGAGUAUUGGAUAUGUUAGUGCCGUCGUCAGUAUCUUUUACAAACUUGUGGAGGCUUGAGGUGAAUAAAUGUCAUAGACUGACCCAUUUGCUAAAUCCUUCGGUGGCUAAAACCUUGGUGCAACUUACAUGGUUGUGUUUAAAAGAAUGCAAAAGGAUGACGACUGUAAUUGCAAGAGAAGUUGUUGAAGAUCAAGGAAAUGAUGAAAUUGUAUUCCACAAAUUAUACAUUUUAGAACUUGAGGAUUUGUCCAAAUUGACCAGCUUUCAUUCUGGAAACUGCAACAUCAGAUUUCCGUGCUUGGGAAGUGUAGAUAUUAGGAGUUGUCCUGAAAUGAAAGCUUUUUCUCCUGGAAUCACAAGCACGCCUAACUUACUAGUUGGAGAUAUUAAGACUGAAGGUUCCUUUAGCCGGUAUGGAAUAUCAGGUUCAAAUGGCCGGCAUGUAAAUACUACAGAAGUUGUUGAAGAUAUCAAUGGUAUUAUCCGACAAGUUUGGGAGGACGAUUAUGACGAUGGGAUUCAAUAUCUGUUUACGGAAAAGAAUUUGGAGGAAGACCAAAUAUCCGAUCAUCCUUCUUCUCAAUGA